CUUGUCCCUAUCCUUUUGUCUCUUUUCGAUGAUGCUUUCCUUAGUUAUGCUUAUUAUUCAGCUCUGUGUGGGGCGUAUCCCGUCCCUGAGCUAAUAAUGUGCUAAACAUGGGAUAGAAAGAGAUAACUAGAGUACUGAACAAGAGAAGAGUCUGCUCCUCAAUUUUCCUGAACUUAUGUGUGGAAGGACCACUUCUAAUUCCGCCUGGUUGUACCAGAUCAAACUUUUUUUUUAAGUUAAAACUCAUAAUAGCAACACGAUUGGCUUUGGUUAUAUUCCUAGUGAACACUUGAAACCGAUUUGCCCUUAUCCUUCAGAGGCAUCAAAUCCACUUUCUCCAAUAAAAUGAAAAGAAAAGAGCAAAGUGGAUUCCUGAUGCCACAAAUAUGCAAUCGAGACAAGAUAAUUGGGUGGAAUCUACCAGAAAUAGUGUGGUGAUGAUUGGCUCAUUAAUCUGUAGGGGAUCAAAAAAAGUAUAGACGAAUGGUCAGAAAGAAAUGUUGUUCUCGAAGAAUAUAAGAGCUGGAGAAUUGGAUAUAUACUUUUGUCUGAAUAGAGGUGACCUUUCUCUCAUAGGCAAAUAUCUCAAUUGAUAUAUAAACUGGUUCAGAAUCAUCUGUUUGAGCUAUGGACCAUUCUUGAAUUUUCAUCUAUGAGAUCACACAUUCUAAAUGUGUGUUCUAAUCCUUGUUCUAGUUAGCUGGGGUCAGUUUAAUAAAAGGUAGGGAGUAUUUGUUGACUGUUUCAUUGUCUGAACCAGUGAUCUUAAAGUAAUUCCCUUAAAUGUCUUUACCAUGGUUUCCUUCAAACUAAGCCCUUUAAGAACUUCUCUUUGCAACAUAGAACAUUAUGUUUUUGAUCAAAGAGCAUUUGAAGAAUGUCUGUUCUACAGGGAGACAUCCUUUACCUGUUCUUUGAAGCAAAGAAUUCAAUCACAAUGCAAGGGGAUAUUGGAGUUGCAAGAAGUACUGAUAAGGGAGCAACGUGGGAGCAGUUGGGUGUUGCUUUGGAUGAAGACUGGCAUCUCUCCUAUCCUUAUGUCUUUGACUACAACGGCAAUAUCUAUAUGAUGCCUGAGGGAAGUGCUAAAGGGGAUCUUCGUCUUUAUCGAGCUGUAAAGUUUCCUACGGAAUGGGAACUGGAAAAGGUCAUAAUGAAAAAGCCGCUUGUUGAUUCUUUUCUCAUUCAACAUGAUGGGAAGUACUGGCUUUUUGGUUCAGAUCACAGUGGAAUUGGUGCCCAGAAGAAUGGUCAGUUGGAGAUUUGGUAUAGUAGCUCACCUCUGGGUCCUUGGAAACCGCAUAAAAUGAAUCCUAUCUAUAACACAGAUAAGAGCAAGGGAGCCCGAAAUGGAGGUAGACCAUUUUUAUAUGAUGGCCAUCUUCAUCGUGCUGGUCAAGACUGUGGUGAGACAUAUGGGCGGCGUUUACGUCUAUUUAAAAUAGAAGCUCUGACACCUACUGAAUACAAAGAAGUUGAGGUUCCUUUGGGUCUUAAAGAGUCAAUGAAGGGACGGAAUGCCUGGAAUGGUGCCCGCAGUCAUCAACUUGAUGUGCAACAACUAAGCUCUGGGGAGUGGGUUGCAGUAAUGGAUGGUGACCGAGUCCCUUCAGGAGAUGUAAAUCGACGGUUUAUUUUAGGCUGUGCAUCAGUUUUAGGUGUUGUAAUGCUGGUAAUAGUGUUUGGUAUGCUACUAGGAGCAGUGAAAGGAUUAGUUCCCUUAAGUUGGUGCCCUCACAAUGUUGGAAAGAGGAGUGACGCUUCGUUCGAUUGGGAAAGAUCAAGCUUGUUAUCUAAUAGAAUGAGGCUAUUUUGUAGUCGGUUGAACAGAGCAAGCUCGUCUCUCCGUGCCAGAAUAAAGCCUAAAACAUGCAGUGGAGGAUUGGUUCUUGCUGUAAUCUUUAUAGUCACUGUGGUGUUAAUGUGCACUGGAGUUAAAUACAUCUAUGGAGGCAGCGGCGCAGAGGAAGCUUACCCGUUAAAUGGUCAGUACUCUCAGUUCACUUUAUUAACAAUGACCUACGAUGCUCGGCUCUGGAACUUGAAAAUGUACGUCAAGCAUUACUCAAGGUGUUCUUCAGUACGUGAGAUCGUUGUAGUGUGGAAUAAAGGCCAACCUCCAGAGCUGAGUGAGCUCGAUUCAGCAGUGCCAGUGAGGAUAAGAGUAGAGAAACAGAACUCACUAAACAAUCGAUUCAAAGCAGAUCCUUUGAUAAAGACACGAGCAGUUCUUGAACUUGAUGAUGACAUUAUGAUGCCUUGUGAUGAUGUUGAACGGGGAUUUAAGGUAUGGCGUGAGUACCCUGAACGCAUUGUUGGGUUUUACCCCCGGCUUGCAGAUGGAAACCCAUUGAAAUAUAGAGCUGAGAAUCAUGCUCGCGAGCACAAUGGAUACAACAUGAUUCUUACAGGAGCUGCCUUCAUGGACAGCAAAAUGGCUUUCGAAAAGUACUGGAGCAAUGAAGCUGCAGCAGGAAGGGCAGUGGUGGACAAGCUUUUCAACUGUGAGGAUGUGUUGCUAAACUACUUGUAUGCAAACGCGAGCUCUUCUAGUACAGUUGAAUACGUAAAACCAGCAUGGGCAAUCGAUACUUCAAAGUUUUCUGGCGUUGCAAUUAGCCGGAAUACACAGACUCACUAUGGACUCAGAAGCAGUUGCCUCCAAAAGUUCUCAGAAAUGUAUGGAAGUAUAUCAAGUAGAAAAUCAGAAUUUCACCAUCGAAACGACGGGUGGGAUGUAUAGCAGGGAACAAAUGUUCUAGCAACAUAGUUGAAGUUAGUGUUUUUUGCUGUUGGUAUAAUUUUGGUUUUUGUGAUUUUGAUCAAGCUUUUGUUUACCUCCUGUUGUGAAUUUUGCUUUGGGAGGACUUUUACAACUUUUGUAUGUCAAAUGUACAUUAGUUUAGAUACAUAAGUUGAUAUACUUCUUUUGUUGUCCCAUCAGAUUUCAAGAUAAUACUUUUCACCAACAUAUAUUUAUGACAUCAUAUGAUCUCAAUGCAAGGA